CAUUAACAAACCAUCCAUCUAACCUUGAGAAGGUGAAAGUUCAUCUAGGAGAAGAGAAGAAGACGCAAAGAAAGUAAUUGGUGUGGUUCUUGCCUCACGCCGGUCACGGAGGCCAUGGCCACCGUGGGUCCGCCUGGCGCCUUCCGGAGGAUCACCGUGCACUACAGCACCGCCGGCGACGAAGCAAACAAUGAUAGCUUCCUCGAGUUUGUGAUCGGUGAUGUUCUUGAAGACCAGGAGAGCCUGUAUCAAUCGAUCAUGGGUGCAAGGACACCUGGUGCAUCUGAGAGCUCACAUCAUUGUCAUGAAGACAGCUGCACUAGCAGAGGUUCAAGGUCAGGAGAGACCUCAAGAACUUCAGAUGAUCAGAUCGCGGCCGACUUUGAAUACGCUAGGCAGCUGCAGGAGGAGAUGGGGGAUCUUACGAUCGGAACGCAUACGGAUGAUGACGAACAGGACGAUAUAAGCUGUGUGCCUUCCCCAUCUGACACCGAUGAUGACGAUAAUGGUGAUGAUGAAGAAGAGGCUGCUAGGCAAGAUGAUGACAGUGACAAUGAUGAUUUUGAUCCAGACAACAUGACCUACGAGCAAAGGCAGGAACUUGUGGAAUCAGUAGGAAAUGAGAGCAGAGGUUUAUCUGACGAACUCAUGCGAUAUUUGGUGCCAUGGAAGUACAAAUCAGGAUCAGGAUUCUUCUCAAGGAAGACAAACCAUGAUGAUUGUUGUUCUGUGUGCCUAUCAUCUUUCAGAAACCGAGAGAGCCUCAUAACCUUGCCCUGCAAGCACAGUUACCACGCUGAUUGCAUUACUAGGUGGCUCAAGAUCGACAAGACAUGCCCAGUCUGCAAAUAUGAAGUGUUUGGCCCUUCCUAGUUCGUAGCAUGUCAUCAUCUGCCAAUCAAAGCUCACAAAAAGUGGCCACACAUCAUCGUGCUGCUUGCUUGGAUCAUCUACUCAUUCAGUAGAAAAGGACAAAUAAAGAGAAACUACAUCACAUUUACUUGGAAUUCACUCCCCCAAUGUAAUUUUUGGCAUGUACAAGUGUGUUGUUUCAGAAAAUGGAUUCCACUGCUCACUGUAAUUUUUGGCCUGUACAGAUGUGGUUUAUUGUC